AAGCAAACGGAUUUAAGGCCUUCCUUGUCUGUGGUGUUCAGACUACAUUUUCUGGAAAACUACAAUGGGAAGAAAAAUUGCAUCUCCCCUGUCCUCCUCCUCUCCUGUCCCUGGAAAGAAUGUUCUAUUGUUUGUGAAAGGUUACUACAGCAUUUCUUUGAGGAUAAAUAGUUUACAGAAAAAGAAGUCAACUUUCUCUGCCCAUCAGACAGCACUCCCCAGCACCCUACAGUGUCCUUAUCUCAUGGGUCAAAAGGCUUGGAUAGAGAAGACCUUUUCGAAAAGAGAAUGCAUCUAUAUAAUUGCCAACAACAAAGACAGUAGCAGGUGCUGCUGUGGUCAGCUCAUUAGCCAACAUAUUCCACCUCCUCCGAGUAUAACAGCUAAUAAAAAUGGAGAAGAAGCAAAGCAAGUGGAAGCUCAGCCAGAGAAAUGGUCUGUCAGUAAACACACUCAAACAUACCCAACUGAUGCCUAUGGAAACCUUGAAUUCCAGGGAGGAGGACAUUCAAAUAAGGCCAUGUAUAUCCGUGUGUCAUAUGACACUAAACCAGAUUCUCUGCUGCAUCUCAUGGUGAAAGACUGGCAACUGGAACUGCCCAAGCUUCUAAUCUCUGUCCAUGGAGGCCUCCAGAAUUUUGAAAUGCAACCUAAAUUAAAACAAGUAUUUGGAAAAGGUUUGAUAAAGGCUGCCAUGACCACAGGAGCUUGGAUUUUCACUGGAGGUGUUAGUACAGGUGUCAUUCGUCAUGUGGGAGAUGCCUUGAAAGAUCAUUCUUCCAAAUCCAGAGGACGGAUAUGUGCCGUAGGCAUCGCUCCGUGGGGCAUUGUAGAAAACAAGGAAGAUCUGAUGGGAAAAGAUGUAACACGGGUUUACCAAACCAUGUCGAACCCUCUAAGUAAGCUCUCUGUGCUCAACAGUUCCCACACCCAUUUCAUUCUGGCAGACAAUGGCACACUGGGUAAAUAUGGAGCUGAAGUAAAGUUAAGACGCCAGCUGGAAAAACACAUUUCCCUCCAGAAAAUUAAUACACGACUGGGACAAGGGGUACCUGUAGUUGGGCUCAUAGUAGAAGGGGGGCCCAACGUGAUCUCCAUUGUCUUAGAGUGUCUACGAGAAGAACCCCCCCUGCCUGUUGUAAUAUGUGAUGGUAGUGGACGAGCAUCGGAUAUUCUAUCAUUUGCACACAAGUAUUCAGAAGAAGGAGGGAUAAUAAGUGAAUCCCUUAGGGACCAGCUUCUAGUUACCAUCCAGAAAACAUUUAACUACAACAGGAAUCAAGCUAACCAGUUGUUCAUCAUUCUUAUGGAGUGCAUGAAGAAAAAAGAACUUAUUACUGUGUUCCGUAUGGGGUCUGAAGGACAACAGGACAUAGAGAUGUCUAUCUUAACUGCUCUCCUCAAAGGUACCAAUGCAUCUGCUCCAGACCAGCUCAGUUUGGCUUUAGCCUGGAAUCGUGUAGACAUUGCACGGAGCCAAAUUUUUGUCUUUGGACACCACUGGCCACCUAUAGGAAGCCUUACAGCUCCUGAUGGUACAGCUCCUGAGAAGGAAAAGAAAUCUCCAGCACCUCAGACUAAAGGAGCCAGAGGGAAAGGAAAAGGGAAGAAAAAGGGAGGAAAAGUAAAAGAAGAGCCAGAAGAAGAAACAGACCCAAGAAAGCUUGAACUCCUGAACUGGGUGAAUUCCCUGGAGCAGGCUAUGCUGGAUGCACUGGUUCUGGACCGAGUGGACUUUGUAAAACUACUUAUUGAGAAUGGAGUGAACAUGCAUCACUUCCUCACUAUUCCUCGGCUGGAAGAACUUUAUAAUACUAGACUGGGUCCUCCAAAUACACUGCAUUUGCUAGUCAGAGACGUGAAAAAGGGAAAUCUUCCACCAGAUUAUCAUAUCAGCCUAAUAGAUAUUGGUCUUGUACUUGAAUAUCUCAUGGGUGGAGCUUAUCGCUGCAACUAUACUCGAAAAAGUUUUCGGACUCUUUAUAAUAAUUUAUUUGGACCAAAGAGGCCAAAAGCUCUUAAACUACUAGGAAUGGAGGAUGAUGAGCCACCCACCAAGGGGAAGAAGAAAAAGAAGAAAAAGGAGGAAGAGAUUGAUAUUGAUGUCGAUGACCCAGAAGUCAGUCGCUUUCAGUAUCCCUUUCAUGAACUGAUGGUCUGGGCUGUGCUGAUGAAACGGCAGAAGAUGGCACUGUUCCUUUGGCAGAGAGGGGAGGAAACCAUGGCCAAGGCACUUGUGGCCUGUAAACUGUAUAAAUCUAUGGCCCAUGAGUCUUCAGAAAGCGAGCUGGUGGAUGACAUCUCUCAGGAUCUGGACAACAAUUCUAAAGAUUUUGGCCAGCUGGCUGUAGAACUCCUGGACCAGUCCUACAAACACGAUGAGCAGAUUGCCAUGAAACUACUGACCUAUGAACUGAAAAACUGGAGUAAUUCUACAUGUCUGAAGUUGGCUGUGGCAGCUAAACACAGGGACUUCAUUGCUCACACGUGCAGCCAGAUGCUUUUAACAGAUAUGUGGAUGGGGCGACUACGCAUGAGGAAAAACCCAGGCCUUAAGGUUAUAAUGGGAAUUCUCUUCCCUCCCACCAUCCUUUUCCUUGAGUUUCGGAGUUACGAUGAUUAUUCUUACCAGACAUCAAAAGAAAAUGAAGAAGGCAAAGAAAAGGAGGAGGAAAAUGUGGAUGCAAAUGCAGAUACAGGCUCCCGAAAAGGUGAUGAAGAGAAUGGAAAGAAAAAACAGAAAAGCCUUCCAAUUGGAACAAAGAUCUAUGAAUUCUAUAACGCACCUAUCGUCAAAUUUUGGUUUUACACAAUAUCAUACCUUGGUUACUUGAUGUUAUUUAAUUAUAUCAUCUUGGUGCGGAUGGAACGAUGGCCAUCAAUCCAGGAAUGGAUUGUCAUCUCCUACAUUGUGACCUUAGCUUUAGAGAAAGUAAGAGAGAUUCUUAUGUCAGAGCCUGGCAAGCUGAGCCAAAAAGUGAAAGUUUGGCUCCAGGAGUACUGGAAUAUUACUGACCUAGUGGCUAUUUCAGUAUUUUUGAUAGGAGCAAUUCUUCGCCUGCAGAACCAGCCUUACAUGGGUUAUGGAAGAGUGAUUUACUGCGUAGAUAUUAUUUUCUGGUACAUUAGAGUACUAGAUAUCUUUGGUGUGAACAAAUACCUGGGACCUUAUGUCAUGAUGAUUGGAAAGAUGAUGAUUGAUAUGCUGUACUUUGUGGUCAUCAUGCUUGUGGUUCUGAUGAGUUUUGGAGUAGCCCGCCAAGCUAUUCUGCACCCAGAUGAGGAGCCUUCUUGGAGACUGGCUCGCAACAUCUUCUACAUGCCCUACUGGAUGAUCUAUGGAGAGGUGUUCGCAGACCAGAUAGACCCUCCUUGUGGGGACAAUCUUUAUGAUGAUGACGGUAAACGCCUCCCUCCGUGUAUACCAGGGGCCUGGCUCACUCCUGCUAUCAUGGCCUGUUACCUCUUGGUAGCAAAUAUCCUGUUGGUAAACCUGCUGAUUGCUGUCUUCAACAAUACCUUCUUUGAGGUAAAAUCAAUAUCCAACCAGGUCUGGAAGUUCCAGCGGUACCAGCUGAUCAUGACAUUCCAUGACAGACCUGUCCUCCCACCACCAAUGAUUAUCUUCAGCCACAUGUACAUAAUCAUCAAGCGAAUCUGCUGUCGCUGCAGGAAGGGUGAAGGAGACCAGGAUGAGCGAGACAGGGGACUGAAGUUAUUUCUGAAUGAUGAGGAGCUAAAAAAACUGUUUGAGUUUGAAGAGGAGUGUGUGGAAGAGUACUUCCAGGAAAAAGAGGAUGAGCAGCAAUCAUCUAAUGAUGAACGCAUCAGAGUUACUUCUGAAAGAGUUGAAAAUAUGUCUAUGAGGCUGGAAGAAGUGAACGAAAGAGAACAUUUCAUGAAAGCUUCUCUUCAAACAGUCGACCUGCGACUCUCUCAAUUAGAAGAACUAUCUGGUCGGAUGGUGAAUGCUCUUGAGAAGCUGGCAGGUAUUGACAAAUCUGAGCUGACAUAUUCACGUUCACGGGCUUCAUCUGAGUGUGAUGCUGCGUAUCUUCUAAGGCAAAGCAGUGUUAACAGCUCUGAUGGGUACAGCAUGUACAGAUACCAUGUCGGUGGCGAUGAGCUAACAUAUGAUGACAGUACCACUCCAAUGUCUCCAGCCAUGGGACAGCAUAAAAAAGCCCUUUCUAUUGGUGCAAAAGAAGAUGGAGCAGACCCAAGGAUGCUGGUUCCAGAACACCAUGCCAGUCUCCAGUAUACCUCUAGUGCUAAUGCUAUCACGACAGCAGAUGAUGGCAAAUCUACAUUAGAAAUUGCACAGAAUGUUUCCAAGCCCCACUCUGGUUCAGGUGGCUCUGGGGAUGAAAAGGAGGGUGUUUUCAAUAGUGAUGGAAUGGUUCCCCCAGGUAUAAACCAGAUGGAAGCUCUUGUGAACAAUCAGUCAGUACCAAGACCAGAUCUUCAGAACACUCAGUUAAAAGUAGAACAUGCCAAGUUAGAAGCAACCAUCUCUUAUCCCUUGGAUAAAUCUAAAGCGAUGCGCUAUUUUCCUCCUGAAACAUUCAGUACUUGUCAGACCACUAUGAUGAAGUCAAGGAGCUUUAUAUUUGCACAGGGUGGGAAGCUGGUUGGAGGGGUUAACAACUGGACUGCAGAGUACAGUACCAUUAUGGAUCAGGUGUGCCCUUCUACAAUUGAACAAUGGGACACAGAGUGGAAAUACGAAGUUGAGCAGCAGCUUUCUCAGGAACGUCCUCCAGAAUACCCUGGCGUUGUCUGUGAAGCAGAAAGGCAAGCAGAGCAGAAACAGAUGUUACAGAUGGACACAGAUGAUGACAGUGAUGCUGGUGAAGCAGGUAUGAGUGCCUCUUACACCUCUAAGCCUGCCACUGUCAAGGCUGAGAAAGAGAACUUGUUAUCAGUAAAGCCAGAAAGGACUUCUGGAUUCCCAUCAGUACGGUCAAAGAGUUUGCACAGCCAUCCUCGAAAAGCCAAGUCUGUAAAGGACAAAUUAAGUAGACCAGGACACGCCAGCAGCGUAACUAAUUUGGUGGUAGCAUUUGGCAGUGCAACAGAAGAACAGAAAGCUCGGCAGGAAAAUGCAUCCACAGAAACAGAAUGUUAAAGUGGUUUAUGGGCUCUGCUUUUUCAACAGUCAAGACAGCAGCAUGACUAAUUGAACAAAUCAUGGAUUUAAAAAUUAUUUCUGAAGAAAGGUUUUUCACAUAUUUGUUUGUUUGCAUUGAAAACUCAAUAGUUACAUGUUCUGUUUUCAAAGAAAUGCUUGCGGGGUCAGGUGAAAAGGAGAUGGGAGGGCUGAUAAAAAGUAGGCACAGGCCACAGAAGCCACCAGUACAGAUCUGUCUUUGUUCCCUUUCAGACUCCCUAAUAAGCUCAUCUACUGACAAGCUCUUUAUAAAACCUUUUUGUAAUAGGUUAGAAAAUGGUUUUGGUUUGGGGUUUUUUUGUUGGUUUUUGGUUUUAAUCAGAAGAUUAAAAGACUAGACUGAACAGAUUUUUAAACCAGCCUUGGUUUUUAUCUUCAUGCGGCUGGUCUUUGUGGCUGUUUGCUUUUCAGGUCAAAACAAAAUUGGUGGAAGCAAGGAAGAAUGCAGUCCUCCCCUUCACUUCUGUUUUAAUCCAUGCUUCUUAGUUCCACUUUUAUUAAAGUGCAAUAUAGCAGUUUUCAUACACAGAAAUAGGUCUGAAUGGCAAAAUACAGUUGAAUUUGUUGAAAAUUGACACAGAAAGCCAUGUGUAGAUAUAUUUUUGACCUUCCUUGAACUUCAGUGACAUAAUCUUUCUCUCAGGAUCAUAUCUGUCCCCACCCCAAAACAUGCUGACAGCCUUAAACUGUUCAAACCCAGUGAUCAUUGUUUCAAAAUGUUUAGGGAGGUUUUAAGUCUGUGACGUAUAUGGACAUUUUAUAACUUGAAUUUAAGAUCUGCAUUAGUAUUUUGUACAAACAGGGGCUACCAUAGAGAAAGAAAGUCUUUUUUAACUGCCUUUAGGGAAAAGAAAAGACAGUGGGAAAGAUGUUCUGAUUGGUAUCAAAAUGUAGCCAAUCUGCUGUGACAGGUAAGGCAGAGACUGAUGGAAGUCUCUACAAAUCCAUUGAUAGCAUCAGCUUUUGAUGGUUUGAAUUGUAUUUUCAUACUCCAUCCAUACUUAUACCUUGAAGUGCUGUCACCACACUGAAUCUUCAUGAUAAGUGCAGGGACAUUUUGCAAAGUUCUCUCAUCAUUUAUAUGGACUUUUGGUGGCUUGGUCCUAUUAGCAAGUUUACUGGUUUCACUGUUGUCAGAACAGUGCUGACAAUUUGCUUUUCAUGUGGGCUUCUCUUUUAUUCAGCUUUAGGGAGCCUGAUAUUUUGUAAAAAUGGAAUGAUAUUUGAAGUUGUUUCACUUCCAUGUUUACUUCUGUGUUACCGUUCUGUGCAACUACACAGCCAUUUUGUAUCUGUGGUUAAAAUAGCCUCCAAUUUGUCCAUGCCUUUUUAUUCUUUGCCUCCACACUCACCAGAAACUGAUUAAUUAACAAACACAAAGGGGUGCAGCUUCCAGCACUUUGCUAAGCAAGCAGUAUGCAUUGUGGAACAAAAACAUGUGUCGCAUACCUCUCGUUACAUUGUCCUUAUAAAAUGUGUGUUAAAUCAUGCUUUGUUUGACCAGUUAUUUUUUUAGGUUUUACAUUACAAAUCCAUUAGAUAGCACAGAGGUUUCAACCAUAAACACUUCACCCUUAUAUUUAUUUACUUUAUGAAAAAAUAUUUAUAAAGAAACAUAUGAAAAAGAUGUGAACUUAAUUCAGUAUAAUGAUUUUAAUUAUUCCUUUUUGGAAAUUGUGUCAUUCUGGGACUAGCUUGACUUUGCUCUUGCAAACCUCUCUUAUUGCAGAGUCACUCUUUCUAUUUUAGACACGGGAUUUUGAUACCUGAGAACCAAGGAAGUCUGUCUUGCAUUUAUUUAGUAAUCAAUUAAAUUAAUCAUUGAAACCUUUCA